AUGGGAACAAUACGGCCAAUGCCUCGGGAAGCUGGUGCCUUCAAGGACAAUCCUCAAAGUGGCGAGCGGUCAGCGAAUCACCCCAAAAGGACGUUGGUGGGGGCAGAUAUCCGGAAACCGUGGUUACACAGCAUACGCGCCGUCCACAACUACGGAAGCGACGAGAUACGGAUCACGGCUGCAGGACGUGAGACCACGAUCCAAAACGAACCCAAAAACACACCGGAGGAGGCGCAGCCCCAAGAACCACCAACACGGAUGGGCAAUAACGACGCAGGGGAGCCGAGCAUGGGGGGCACGGACACAGCGGACAACAGGAUACAGACACAGGAGCGAACAGAAAGGGGACACACGACACUGGAAGGAGAAGAUUAUCGACCAGGACGGAGUGAAGGACAGCCGCCCUCACCCCUGGAUGGCAGUCACCCACCGGCAACUGAGGCGAAACCCCAGAACAAGCAAGCCACAGAAGACGUGCGGCCCCAAAGGAUACACCACAAGAGAGCCCCAGCAAAGGAGGACGAAAUCGUGGAGGAAGAGCUUUCGCGCAUCCUGCAAGUUUGGGCAUCAGAACCGGCCGCGGAAACCCGAUACACCAAGUACCUGGAAGUGGAGGAGGCAAGAGAAGGCGAGCAAGCCUCAGACCAGACAGACACCGUCCGACCACAAACGGCGCCACAAGCAAGGCAGCCCAACGGGGAGGACCAACUACGCAUGCGGCACACAGGGAACAGAGCUCACAGCCGAGAUACGGCAGAGAGGGGGCCGGAGACAGCGAGCGAGAAGAGGAAGCAGAGGACGGAGGCAGAUGCAGCAGAGUGGAAGCGGCGGAGGGAGACAACAGCAACGGGGUUAGAGCGGACAACAAAAUGCUGGAAGAACUCAGGGCCAUUUGUGAGGAAGUUGCAACGGGAGACAGGACAGCUCAGACGGACCCGACCGAGAUAA